UCUAGCAGACAGAUGAGCAGAGACUUCUGUAUCCACACCUGGCCAUGCUCCUACUAUUUAGAACCUGAGAAACGAUGGCUCUCUGGAAAACUUUUAUUAACUUCUCUGUCACUAAAAUUUAUUACUGAUAAAACUGGCAAAAUUCUUGUCAAUUUUCCCCUUUCUAGUAUAGUUGAGAUCAAGAAAGAGUCUUCCCAUUUCAUCUUCAGUUCCAUCACCAUCCUGGAAAAGGAUCGUAUUAAGCACUGGUUUAGCUCCCUACAACCUAGUCGGAAUGCCGUUUUCAGUAUCAUCGAACAUUUCUGGAGAGAGCUACUGUUGUCUCAGCCAGGAGCUACUGUUCAGGCAUCGUCCUCCCCCAUGACCAAGGGGAAAGAACUGACUGGGUUGAUGGCAUGUUCCCAGAAACGGUUGGAAGAUACAGCAAAAGUCCUCCAUCAUCAGGGUGAGCAGUUUGAUCACAUCAUGCAGGGACUAGACAAGAUUGAAUCUGACCUGGAUGUGGCUGACAGGUUGCUCACAGAACUGGAAUCUCCUUCUUGGUGGCCUUUUAGUUCCAAGUUUUGGAAGACACCGUCUGAAACAAAACCCAAGGAGUCCACCUCAAUGUCUAGUUCUGAGGCUUUUGGAAAAGAAGGAAUAGUCAUUAAAAUUCCUGCUGUUAUUUCCCAAAGAACAGAGUCACGUGUGAAACCAGGAAAGCUUAUCAUUCUUGUUUCUGGCUUGGAAGUCCAUGACUCAAAUUCUUUGCUCAUGCACAGAUUCGAAAGAGAUGAUGUAGAUGAUAUUAAGGUUCAUACGCCUUAUGAAAUUAGCAUACGCCAGCGAUUUAUUGGGAAGCCAGAUAUAGCUUAUCGUUUGAUAUCUGCAAAAAUGCCAGAGGUUAUCCCAAUUUUAGAAGUGCAGUUCAACAAGAAGAUUGAGUUUUUAGAAGACGCCAUGAUGCUCAGAAGCACCGGAGGCUCUUCUCCAGUAGAGAAGGGCUACUCUCCGUGGUAUGCAGCAUCUGGACUGAUGGACCGAGUGAUGCGCAGUGAGUCCUCCUCAGGAAGCCAUGAAGGAGGGCAGACCCAGCUACAGAUGAGCCAGCCGUUCAUUUCUGAGGAAGAAACCCAAGAGCUGAGACAGAUCUUGAGGAAGCUGAAGAGUCUGGCCUUGGACACGGAAAUGGAGCUGGAGAGACAGGAUGAAGCCUUGGAUGGCAUCACCUCGUCUGUGGACCGGGCAGCACUAACUAUCGACAAGCAUAACCGACGAAUGAAAAAAUUGACAUAG